AAGAUCUAGAAAGAGAGAAGUUAUAUAGCAGCCUAUAUACAAAGGAGGAGAGAUCAUCAACAUCAGUUAGAUAACCUUUCAUAUCACAAUCUCUAACAGCAGCUAGGAGAAGCUCCUCUACUUCAUACCCUACCUACACAUUAACAGCAGCCAUGGGAAGAGCUCCUUGUUGUGACAAAGCUAACGUUAAGAGAGGUCCAUGGUCCCCUGAAGAAGAUUCAAAACUCAAAUCCUAUAUUGAUGAAAAUGGUACCGGAGGCAACUGGAUCGCGUUGCCGCAAAAGAUUGGGCUAAAGAGAUGUGGUAAGAGUUGCCGUCUUCGCUGGUUGAAUUAUCUUCGUCCGAACAUCAAACAUGGGGGAUUCUCAGAAGAAGAAGAUAAUAUCAUUUGCAAUCUUUAUAUAAGUAUUGGAAGCAGGUGGUCUAUAAUAGCAGCACAACUACCAGGAAGAACUGACAAUGAUAUUAAGAACUACUGGAAUACUAGGUUAAAGAAGAAGCUAUUAGGUAAACAGAGAAAGGAACAUCAAUCGCGUAGAGUUAAUGCUCAUCUUAAACAAGAAAUGAUGAAGAAAGCUGGAAACGAUGUUCAUUUCAUGAUGAAUACCACUGCUGAUAACAACAAUAAGAUGAACGGAACUACUCAUCAAAAUCAUCCUCAGAAUCUCUACUUUCCGCAGCCAGUGCCAACUUCGGCACCACAAUUAGACUCAGCUCUUAACGAUCACACUUCAAUUAGAAAAUUACUUAUCAAACUUGGGGGGAGAUUUUCAGACAUUCAAGAUCAUCAUCUUCAACAGGGACUUGACAAUAACAAGCUUAAGAAUAUUAGUUUUUAUACUCCUACUCAAGAUGUUCCUUCUACCCAGCAAGUUUAUGGUGGUCAUGAUCCACAUAAUUCAUCCAUGGAUUGGUUUUCUUCAUCCAUGAAUUAUUCCUCUAUCAACACUAAUAACGAUUCGUCGUGUGCUGAUGAAUUAUUUCUGAACAAUAGUUGUGAUAUUGUGGAUGAUGAUGGGAUGAACAUGCAUGAGAUGUUAGUAAGUGAUGAUGGAUUAAACAGCUGUUUUCCAAUUGAUCAUGAACAUCUUGGUGAUGACGACCAUUCGAUGCCGGCGUUAUGUAGAAACGCUAAGAUGGAAUCAUCAUCAGUUAUUGAUCAUUAUGAUCAAGCAGGUUCUUCAUCAACUGAGUUACUUUAUGGAUCUUCAUCAAUGGCCAUGGAAAAUGAAAGCAGUAGUAGUACUCCUGGAACACAUAUUGAUAUCACUAAAGCAUCAUCAUCAGGAGGAAAUGGUACUAGCUGGGUACAUGUUGAUCGUCAUAUGAGACCGUUUAUGUACGCUAACACUAUCCCUACAGUCACCACUACCGGCUUUGGAAGUUCACAACAACAACCACCACCGCAACAACAAAGGGUUUUACAGGAAUAUGGGCUAAAUUGACGAAAUAAUUAAGCAAUAUUGGUAAUUUGGGAUUAUAUGAAUCCAUGAUAUAUUAGUUAGAUAUUUGUGCUGCUUGUAUAUGCAUGAGAGUUUGUUAUAAUGUGUUGCAUUGGUGAAGGUGAUGCAUGAUCGGUUUGGAUUUUCAAGGAAACCCUAAUUAUUAAUUAAUAAACUCACCAAGUGAUUUGUUUGUUUUCUUUCUUA